UCUGUCCCGCCUCCUGCAGGUCCUCACCUGGGAGCACCUGUCUUACCUGUGCGCACACAGGUAUCCGUGUUUGGGGGGAGUGUGACCUGCUAUGGCGGAGUCCCAGCUGCUGUGCAUGGACGAUGAGCACGUCAACGAGAAGAUCCCGGAGACCAAGCCGGAGUUUUACUACAGCGAGGAGCAGCGCGCCGCCCUGGAGCAGCUCCUGAGGAGCGGGGACGGAGCCUUCAAGAUGCGGCUCAAGGAGGACAACAUCAAGGACUUCCUCUCGGCCAGGGAGAUCAGAUUCCUCCGGAAAAUGUUCCACGAGUACGACACGGACAGUGACUCCGAGUCCGGAGAGCAGGAGAAGUCCAAGAAGUCCUCCUGCGCGGACUCCGGGGUGCACUCCACCUACUGGCCCGAGAUGUCCGACACCGAGGUGCCGUCUCUGGACAUCGGCUGGCCGGGCAGCAGCGGCGUGUACAAGGGGGUGACCCGGGUGAGCGUGUACUCCCACCCGCCCAAAGAGCCCGGGCCGCACAUCAAGGAGGUGGUGAGGAGGCUCAUACAGGUGGCACACAAGGUGGUGGCCAUAGUCAUGGACCUGCUGACAGACCUGCAGAUCCUCCAGGACCUGCUGGAUGCCUCGUCGCGGCGAGGGGUGGCUGUGUAUGCGUUACUGGAAGCCACUGGAGUGCCCCACUUCCUGGAUAUGUGCACUAGGCUGCAGAUUAAUGCAGUGCAUCUGAGGAAUCUCCGUGUGCGCAUGGUGGGAGGUUCAGGGCUGGCCCUGUCGUUUGGAAAGCUGCCCGGGUCCUUGUGCUCCAAAUACAUGCUGGUGGAUGGAGAGAAAGUCAUGUUUGGGUCUUACAGCUUCACCUGGAGUUCCUCUCGGAUGGACAGGAACACGAUCACCGUGAUGUCAGGACAGAUCGUGGACUCCUUCGAUAAUGACUUCCGGGAGCUGUACGCCGUGUCCGAGCAGGUGGACCUCUACAGGGAGUUCAACAUCACCAAGCCGCCUAUUUCUACGCCCAUCAAGAAGCCAAAUGUGGAGAAAAUCCAGCCUCUGUCCGUCUCUAUGUCUCGUUUUCAAAUAUCUGUCGGGGACUCCAGACAGGCCGACUUAAAGGUACCUGCACAUAAAUACCACAACCCUAAGUACUCUUUAGUUUUUGGGAACAGUACGGGCCUCACAGGUUCCCUACAAGACCUGUCGAAAGUGAGCGACUCGCUGAUUCAGAGGAACGGCCUGCAGAACGGCGUCCUUCAUACCAGUAGGAGGGACAAGGUGGACCAAGUCCCCCCUCAGAAUCCUGGUUCCCCUGCAGAGGAGGAUAACGAGGACGGAAAGGGAGGUUUGAAAAAGAACCAGGUUUUCGGCGCGAAGAAACAGCGCAGCUCCUUCAAGAACUUCCUGAAAGGCAGAGGAGCCAAUAGCACAGAGACUAUAGAGGAAGACGUGGUCACUCCUCAGACCCAGUCCCCCGUCCGUAAGGUGCCAGAGAUGAAUGGUAUCGCAGGGGACGAGGUGGAGGACUCGUUUGAGGUCAUUGAGAAACCGGGUCUACUGAAAUCCAUAAUCAAGAAGCCCUCAAAGAUCCUUCAGAGAAGCAUGUCCCUGCAGACCAUCAACACCGGAGACGAAGACGGAUCUAAAAGCAAGCAGCGUAAUCAAAAGAGGAACUGCAUCCAGUCUUGAGAUCAAAGACAAGAUGCCGGUCUUGAGUUGUAAAGAGCAUCAGAGGAUCUCUUGGUUAAACUCGCUGAGUCACUUACUGUAACCAGGUGACACUACUCUCGCUGGCCUGUUACACUUCAGGUGAAAGACGUUGUAGUUUAACUCGUCAUGUGAGAAAUAAACUGCUCCAGAGAAUCUCAACAUUGACGCCAAAGUGCUGAUGGAGGGAGAUUUCAUCGCUAUUGUUUUAGUUUUUUGUAUUAAAUUAUUCUACAGUUAAAGGUAUAGUUUGGAUAUUUCGGAGUGGGGUUGUAUGAAUCCAUAUUUAUCUGUAGUCCGUGUAUUUCCUGCAGUUUGCACGCCCUCAGUUUGGAGAAGCUGACAGUAGUACCAGCAGGAAGACAAACGAUGUAGCCUACUGCUGUGGACGGGCGCAACACUUAAAUGUAUUUUAUCCACCUAAAACAAGUGUAACUGUACGCUUUAUUUAAAGUAUUUUCACUGCUUUAUCUCGCCGUCAGACAGCCUUUCUGAUGGCGAACUGAAGCCGUUAUUUAUGCUCUCUUCAAAGCCUCCUUUGACAAAGGUCAUUUUACCUCGCAGAACACGGGAGUUGCAACAGCUGCCUCGAUCAGUUAGUCGGUUAUUGAGUGACUUGAGGCCUUUACACUCCAGGUGUGUGGCAAAUAAACAACAACAAAAUGCAAAAUACUCGCCCGCAAAUCUUUCGCAUCAAAACUAUUCACAUCG